AUGGGUGGUAAAAUAGAUCGGAGCGUGAACAAGAACGGUGGUCCACCCAUUUUUCGGAUCAAUGGCCAGAACUUCCAUUACAUUGGUAGUCUCCUGCCGGUGGACGGGAGAAAACCACAUUUUGCACAGUUGUAUAUAUAUGAUACUAAUAAUGAACUUAGUAAUCGUAUCAAUGCUGUGAGGCAAAAUGGUGACCAAAAUGGCAUCCAUGUUGAGAUUGUGAAUGAUAUUCAACAAGUUUUGGAUACCAGUAAUGUCUUAGUCAAGUCAUUCCGCAUGGCACGAUCUGAGCUGCAAAAUAAUCCGCUGGCCGAGGUAAAAAUUAAAUUGCUUGGGAAGAGAUCAAAGGAUGCAAGAACAUACAAUUUGUCGCAGGUUUCGGAAGUUGCAGCCUUAAUUGUGGGUGACAUUGAUACAAAUAUUGGAGAACGUGACAUUAUGGUCGAAACCAAGAGCGGCCUGUUGCAACGAAUUAGUGAGUUGAAUCCAGCAUACCUCCCAAUGCAAUACCCUUUACUCUUUCCGUAUGGUGAGGACGGAUACAGGGAAGACAUUCCCUUCUCUACAUUAAAAGGAAACACAAGUGCUGGCCGUCAAAGGAUAAGUCCUCGAGAAUAUUUUGCAUACCGUAUACAGACAAGGUUAUCUGAGGUAUCUACUUUAUUGCAUUCAAAGAGGUUAUUCCAACAAUUUUUGGUAGAUGCCUAUACAAUGGUUGAGUCAGGAAGGUUAAUCUAUAUAAGGACACAUCAAAAAAGUUUGAGGUGUGAAUCGUAUAAUUGCUUGAAUGAUGCAUUAACACGCGGUGAAGUUGACCCCACUACUCAAGGAAAGAGGAUAAUAUUGCCUUCAAGUUUUACAAGGGGUGCUAGAUACAUGAUUCAAAAUUAUCAGGACGCUAUGGCUAUAUGUAGAUUGGUUGGAUAUCCAGAUCUGUUUAUCACAUUCACCUGCAACCCGAAAUGGCCCGAGAUACAACGCUUCUUGAAGGAUCGAAAGUUAAAAGCUGAAGAUCGUCCUGACAUAAUAUGUAGAUUAUUCAAAAUGAAAUUGGAUGCUCUAAUCUCAGAUUGUCGGAAGAACAAGUUAUUUGGGCCAGUGAUGGGAGUUAUAUAUACCAUAGAAUUCCAAAAAAGAGGUCUGCCGCAUGCUCAUAUUCUGCUGUUUCUUGAUAAAGUCAAUGGAUAUCAUACUGUUGACAAUUUGGACAACAUUAUUUCCGCUGAGCUGCCUGAUCAAGAAGCUGACGCAGAAUACUUCAGAGCAGUUGAGGAGUUUAUGAUGCAUGGACCUUGUGGGAAAGCCAGAUUGAGUUCUCCCUGUAUGGCAAAUGGUAAAUGUACUAAACAUUUUCCCAAAAAGUUUGUUAAUUGCUCAACUUUUGAUGAGGAUGGCUAUCCUAUAUAUCGGAGAAGAGACAAUGGUCGGUCUGUGACGCGCAAUGGGAUUGACUUGGAUAAUAGGUACGUGGUACCACACAAUAGGCAUUUGUUGUUAAAGUAUAGGGCUCAUAUUAAUGUCGAAUGGUGUAAUCAGUCCCGUUCAAUCAAAUACCUAUUCAAGUACGUGAACAAGGGUCAUGACAGGGUAACAGCAGAGUUUUACAGAACCAGCAAUGAUCAAGAUGGUGCACAAGUUCUGGAUGAAAUUAGUAUGUACUAUGAUUGUAGGUACAUAUCUCCGUGUGAAGCAUCGUGGCGGUUGUUCGGUUUUGAUAUACAGUUUAGGACACCAUCAGUGGAAAGAUUAAGCUUUCACUUGCCGAACCAACAAAGUGUUGUUUUCGCAGAUGAUGACCCCGUUGAUAACAUACUCAGUCGGCCAACAAUCUUGCAAAGCAUGUUCCUAGAAUGGUUCGAGGCAAAUAAAAACUUCCCAGAAGCAAGAAAGUUGACAUAUGCUGAAAUGCCAACAAAGUUUGUCUGGAAGAAAGAUAUUCGAAAAUGGCAGCCCAGAAAAAGAGGAUUCUCUAUAGGUAGAGUUUUCUAUGUGCCUCCUGGAUCAGGGGAAAUCUUUUAUUUAAGGUGUCUGUUGAAUAAGGUCAAAGGUCCGACAAGUUAUUUAGAUAUAAAAACAGUGGAUGGCGUCCAAUAUGAUUCUUUUAGGGAUGCGUGUUGUGCAAGAGGAUUAGUAGAUGAUGACAGGGAGUAUGUUUAUGCUAUAGAAGAAGCAAGUCAUUGGGCCACAGCUGUGAAUCUUAGAAGAUUAUUUGUCACUCUCUUGAUGACUAACUCAAUAGCAAAACCAGAGGUGGUUUGGGAGGCUGCGUGGAUUCAUUUGUCAGAUGAUGCACAAUUCAAGAUUAGAGAACAAUUGGGAAAAUCAGAUUGGAUUAUAUCUGAAGAUGAGAAGAAGAAUUUUGCACUUACGGAGAUUGAAAUAAUGCUUUCAGCUAUGGGAAAAAGUUUGAAAGACUUUCAGGGGAUGCCGAUACCCGAUUUAGUUAAUCACUGCAGAACAACCAAUCGGUUGAUACAGGAGGAAUUGGCAUAUGAUACUACUGCAAUGAAGGAAGAGAAUGAUGCUUUAGUGGAUAAACUAACUGAAGAGCAAAGAAAAAUAUAUGACAAUGUUUUGAAAGAUGCUGAGAAUAAUCUUGGAGGACUAUUUUUUGUUUAUGGAUAUGGUGGAACGGGUAAAACAUUCUUGUGGAGAGCAUUAUCUUCUGCUAUAAGGUCAAAGGGAGAGAUAGUACUGAAUGUUGCAUCAAGUGGCAUAGCUUCCCUUCUAUUACCAGGUGGUAGGACUGCACAUUCAAGGUUUGCCAUUCCGAUCGCUGUUAAUGAAGAUUCAACCUGCAAUAUCAGCCAAAACAGUCCUUUAGCACAAUUGAUCGUGCAAAGUAGGCUGGUCAUUUGGGAUGAGGCUCCAAUGAUGCAUAAAUUCUGUUUUGAAGCGUUGGACCGAACUAUGAGAGAUAUAAUGCGUGUCAAAAAUCAUAACAGCUUCGAUAUGUCAUUUGGUGGAAAAACAGUGGUGUUAGGUGGAGAUUUCAGACAAAUUUUACCAGUCAUUCCAAAGGGCACCAGACAAGAUAUUGUGCGAGCAACUAUAAAUUCAUCCUAUCUUUGGAGAAGCUGUAAAGUUUUUAGGUUAACAAAAAACCUAAGGCUUAGAUCUUUGAGAUCGGAUAGUGAAGUUCAAGAGAUUGCUGAUUUUGCCAAGUGGAUUGCUAAUAUAGGUGAUGGAACCAUUGGUGAUUCAAUGGAUGGAGAAUCUGAGAUACAGAUUCCUGAACAAUUUUUGCUCAGUUGUGGAGAGGAUCCUAUUGCUACCAUUGUUGAUAGCACUUUCCCGUUGUUUCGCAGUGGCCACAGAGAUAAUGAGUACUUAAAAGAUCGUGCCAUACUUGCACCGACUUUGGAUGUUGUAGAUACAGUCAACGAAUACAUGAAUGACUAUAACAAUGCUGAAGGAAGGACCUAUGUCAGUUGUGACUCCGUAUGCAAAUCUGAUUCUAAUGUUGACAUGCUGGCGGACCUGCACACACCGGAGUUUUUAAAUGGAUUACGAUGUUCGGGAGUUCCAAAUCACUCAUUGACUCUCAAAGUUGGCUCGCCAGUGAUGCUGUUAAGAAAUAUUGAUCACUCACUGGGGUUGUGCAAUGGUACAAGGAUGAUUAUUUCAAAGUUAGCGGAUCAUGUUUUAGAAGCUAAAAUACUCUCCGGAUCAAGUGCUGGAUCAUUCUCGCCCGCUGGGUUCUCCAUCCCUCAAUUGCACGAGCUUUCUGGCGGGGAGUGUUCGGAUUCCUCUAAACACCUCUGUUUCUUACUCUGGGCUUAUGGGUGGAAAUGGUUUCCUCUGUGCUGUACCUUUUCAUUUUCUUCACCCUUUUCCGUUAUGGAAUGUUGGAGAUUUUCAGUAAACGGGACUGAGAUGGCGUACAAGAGAAUCUACAACGGCCUGAAAUUGGCUGAUCUUGGUUCCGGGAAUUCCCACAUUUGUAGAAUGGUGGAGAAUUCCGGGGGCCUUCAGUGCUUGCAAUGGCCGGAGUUUCGCCAGUCCAACCAGAUUUCCCUCACCACGAAUCUCGCAUUGGGUCAAGAUUUUGUUUUAGGGUUGCGCGAUUCAGGCAAAAUUUAG